AUAUCUCAUAUAAUUGUGUGAAUACGGGUGAGUUUGGACGAACUUUGGUGAGCUCGGAACAAAUAAAAAGAAGAAAAACCUCUAGAUACAGCAUAUAUGUAUCAUCUUGCAAAAAAGCAGAGGACUUGAUAAAACUGUAAUUUCUUUAAAAACCAAUAAUAUUAAAUACAAAAAAUAUUAAAAUGCAAGUCUUUUAUUGUUAGAAUCUGGAGAUUUUGCAUUUAUAGAUUAUUUGAGAACGUUAAGAAUUGAAAGAAAAAUCUGGAAACAAAGAAAUUUGAUGACUUAUCUAGGCCACAUACUAUAAAUGGCUUGUCACUGAAAAUUUAUUUGUGCAAUUGUUUCCACAUAAUCGAUGCAUUUAUAACGCAAAGAUAUAUUAAACUUUUAACAUAGUUGGAAUACCUCCCGUCGUUGGAUAUUUGGCUGUACUUUUAUACGAUUAUUGGAAAUGGAUAUCUUAACAAAUUAUUCAAUGGAAUAGUGAAACUUAUUACAUAAUCGCAGAAAAAUUUAUAUACAGUGAAAACAGACAAGCGUUAAUUUCGCAGCAGAUUUGUAAAGCCAUUACACGCAUACUUACAAAUGACGUGUAUAGGAGAAUAAUAUACACAUACGUACAUUGAAGAAGUAGAAUAAACAGCCUACAAGCAGAAGACCAACAGCUAACAAAUAUUGUGGAUAAUAAUCAAUAUACAAGAUGCCCCGCAUAGUACCGAUACAGUUGUUAAAAUGCCUUAAAGUCCUGCUAGACGAUAAUGGUGGCAUUUUGAGCGCCGGAGAAGUAAAAAGAUUAGCUAGUUUGAUGACCAAAUAUUCCAAAAAAUUGGUCUCCAAGUGCAUUUAUGUACAAAUUUUAAAAUGUACCAAAACGGAAUUGUUGGGCGAAUUUAUGGGUGCUGGUGGUUGGUCUUUGGUUUACACUUGGCUAAAUGAUGCCAUUCGUGCCAUGAAUUGGCCUUUGGUACAAGAAAUUUUGGAAUUGUUGCUGCUUUGUCCAGUUGAUGUAAAUCGUUUGAAAAUCAAUUCGGCGCCAAAACUUGUCAAGGGAUUGUGCAAAGAUGGUGGCAAUGAAGGUGUUCGCAUUUUAGCCAAACGUCUCGUUGAACAGUGGCUCAAAGUUGUCACUGAAAAUCCUGACGCCACUUUGCCAAUUUCGGCUACAAACAUGGCACCACAAUCCACCACAAUAAAGUGCCCACCAAUUGCAGUAGUUGCACCCAUGGUCACUCCUGCCAACAUUCCACAAAUGACACCAGCAAAUAUAGCAAAUCAGACUACAUCGGUGACGCAGGUAGCACAAAAUUUAAAACCAAAUCUCGCAGCCUCGAAAAGGGAAGAAUUGAAACCUACCACCAAAUCAAAUAUGCAAGUGGACGACGAGGAAGAUGCAGAAGAAGAGGAAGAUGAACACGAGGAAGAGGAGGAGGAGGAGAACGAAGCAGAGGAUAAUGCCGAAGAAGAUUGCGCAGACGAAGAGGAGGAGGAAGAACAAGAUCCCUUGGGUGGAGUACAAGAACCAGCCUUGAAUGCAUUCAGCCUUACACCAGCUCAGAAAAAAGCUUCUGAAUCUGGUUUAGUUUAUAAGAUUGUUGUUAAAAAUGGUAAUCAGUUUUUAGCUAAGGUUCCAAAGGCAGCUAAUGCUGUAGAAAAUGAAGAGGAAGAUAAAGCUAGCAAUAAAAAGCAGCCGCAACAGCAGCAGCAACAGGAUCCAAUGGAAAUCAAUGACGAUGUUGUUGAAGAAACUGAAGUUGAUGAAGAUGAGACUGAGACUGAGGCUAUCAGUGCUGCAACAGAGAAGAAAUCAAUAAAUAUGGUAACUGAAGCUGAUGAUACCAGCUCAUCCUCCGAUAAACCGGAAAAAGAGAAUGACAGCAACAGCGGCAAUGAAGAUGAUAGUAAACCAAAAGCCGUUAAAGCAGAAGAAAGCAAAAAAACUGAAGAGAAAAAAUCUUUGACGGAAGAGAAGGAAAAAUCGUCUACUAGUUCUAAGGAAGCCAAGAGUUCCAAAGACAAGGAAAGGCGUAGCAGCAGCAGUAGUCAAAAUUUGGAAAAGGAAAAAGAUAAAGAGGGCAAAUCGUCAUCCAAGAGUUCCUCUUCAUCUUCUAGCCACAGAUCAUCGUCUGGUCAUAAAUCCUCAUCAUCAUCGUCUUCAAAAAGCUCAUCUUCAAGUAAAUCAAAAUCGUCCUCAUCGUCUUCAUCCUCACACCGAAGUUCCAGUGACAAAUAUAAGAGCGAGAAAGAUCGUUCCAGUUCUAGCAAAGACAAGGAUCGCAGUAGUUCGAGUUCUAGCAGUAGUAAACAUAAGUCGUCAUCUUCAUCUAAGUCCAGCUCGAGUUCAAGCUCUUCAUCAUCAAGUUCGAAAGAUAAAUAUCGUGAUAAGGAGAAAUCUUCUAGUUCCAGUUCUUCGUUGUCAUCAUCUAAAAACAAGGACAAGGAACGCGAGAAUUCUACACAAAGUGAAAAAGAUAAAAGCUCAUCCUCAGCCGAUAAGUUGGCAAAAUUGGCAAAGAAAUCAAAGGAAGAAUCGUCGAAUAGUGAUGAGUCAGCAAAUAAACCCACCUCCAUUACAAUUCCUUCCAAAAAAGCCUCAAUGUCUAUUGAAAUCCGUAAAGAUGCUGAAAAAUCUAAAACGGUUAAGACCUACAAAUCGCAAUUCCGUUCUCACGGACUCACAGAAGAGGCACCACCUCCACCUUCACGCAAAGGUUUAAAGAAACCAUCUUCUUCUUCAACUACUGCCACUGGUUCGUUAUUGCCCUCGUCGCUGCCAUCUUCAUUGAAAAGAGCAUCCCCUCCACCGCGGGACUCUCCAACAGAGAAAAAACCUAAAAUUGACAUGAACAGCGUUCCAGUAGCCAAUGAAAAGCCUGGAGCUAUUAAACUCAUACCACCUAAGAAGAUACAAACCCUUGUUGAAACAAAUCUCUUCUCAGAUGCCCUCUCUGCCGCCACGGGACCCAAAAAGGUUACCAAACGCAAACGCGUUAAUAGUUCUGCCUCGGGAAAUGCAGCUGCCAACAGCAGCGCUUCCGCCAAAGAAGGUCCAUCGUCCCCGAAUAGUCCCGAUGUAACAAAAGUGGCACCCUUAAAAUUCUAUCAAGAUACAUUGGAUGAAUCGAAAACAGAAGACUCUAAAUCGGAUAAGGAAAAUGAAGAUCAGGAACGUUCUUCAACACCAGCUGCAAACAGCACCAAAAACACUAGUGAAGAAGCUACAAACAUUGAUAAGGAAAAUGAUGACGAUGAUGAUGAUGAUAUACCCCUGAAGAAAGUCAAAGAAGAUAUAGAGCAAAAAGUGGCCCAGGAAAAGAAAAUGGAUUUGGAUGCCGCCGUUGGUGUCAUUGAUAUUACAAAAGAUGAAGAUCUUAAGGAGGAAAACGGCACCAAAACAUCUAAGGAUGAGACGACGGCCAAUGAGGAUGGCUCAUCCGAUGCUGCGAGUGAGGUUGUGGAGGUCAAAAAGCCUGGACCUGGCUGUGGACCCAAUGGCCCCCCUGGUGUUCUCAUGCUACAUCGUCGCAAGGGCCCCAAAAAGAAGUUAACCUGGCGACCUCAAGAAACUUUGGAGCAAAUUCGCUACUUUGAAUUGGAUGAAAAUGAGCGGGUAAAUGUCACUAAAACCUCUUUCAUGGAUAUGAAGAAUCUGGAACGCUUCAAUGAACGUGAUGCCAUUGUCUUGGCACGUCGCGGCUUUAAUCAAGAGGAUAAUAUGGAGCCUCAGACAAAUUGGAAACCUCUAAUUGAGGUCGACGAUGUGCCUCCGCAUCCGGAGGGUAGUCAGUCGAAGCAAAGAAAAAUACAAGCAGAACGUGAAAUGACCACCUUGCGUGCUCUGUACUUUACCCAGGCUCUAAUACCCGAUUCACCAGCUGAGGCAGAGAUUGAGCCCAUCUUUAAUCAUGAUAUACCCAUUAUACCAUUGGACGAUCUGACAGGCAAUCCUGAUGCUGUAAAUGAUUUUACCAGCAUGCCUUGGCCUGAGCCUAGAGGCUCUCCCAAGGAUGGUGAUAGUGGUAGUAUGAUUCUGGCUGGCACCGGAGGUUUGGGCAGUCCCGUUGAUAUGUUUGGCGGCGGCAAAUCAUCUUUGGUGGUUAGUCCUUUGCCCAAUAAUAUGGGUAAUGUGGGAGGCUAUGGUGGUGUAGCCAACAACAAUCAAGGAGCUUUUAAUACCGUUCUAAAUCCCUUUGGUGGGGGAGUUAGUCCUAUUGCUGCUGCUGGCGCUGAUCCAGCCCUAAAUACUAUGCAGAAUAAUUCCCAGUGGCAAAGAAAUGCUAAUGGUGGCUUGAUGCCUGGUAAUAUGCCCAUGAUGGGCGGCGUUAACCCUUUCAAUAACAGUCAUGGCAGUCCCAUUAUGGAUAUGGUCGUUCCCCCAAGGGGUGGCCACAUGAUGAACAAUGGCGGCGGUCCUACACAGAAUUUCAACAAUCAAUUCAACAAUAACAAUCCAUUUGGCAGCCCUGGUCAAAUGAAUGCGAAUCCCUUCGGUGGCCCACCAGGCAACAACUUUGGCGUAAUGGGUCCUGGGGGUCCGAUGGUGCCACCACACAUGAUGAAUGGCAUGGGCGCUGGUCCCAUGGGUAUGGGUAACAAUGGUCCCAACAUGAUGAAUGGUCCAAAUAAUCGCAACAAUGGCGGAGGCGGCGGCAACUGGAGAACUAAUGGUGGCAACAACUUCCAUGAUAACAAUGGCGGCGGUGGAGGUGGCGGUAAUUGGCGACCAGCUGGUACUGGUCCUAAUAAUCGUGGAGGCGGUGGUAGUGGCGGCGGCAAUAGCAAUAACGGUGUCUGCAAAGCCUUCAUGCGAGGUCACUGUCGUUUGGGCAAAUCUUGCAAGUUUAUACAUCCUUCCAAGAGUAAGCGCAUAUAGGAAUGGGCAACUUCUUCCUCCGCCUUGGAAGAUGACAGUAUGCAGCAUUCCCCAACAAUGCCUAACCACAAAUUGACAAAAAAAGACUGUGAUAAUCUCAUUUAAUGUAGUGGAUACAGCCAUAACAUGGAAUGAGCAUUCGUAUAAGCCUGAUGAGUAGAGAGAGAAUCUACAAAGACUGUUAUAAAAUGCUAUUGCGCGCGCGCGCGCGCCAAUCCUGCCCUCUCGCCUACAAUUGCAAAGAUGCAGGAGAAUUGAAGAAGAGAAAACCAAAAAAACUUUCCUAAGACGGCGAGCGGACCGCGCCAUCAUCAAACGGAAAGGUUCAUUACAAUGAAAUACCUAACUACAUAAACUAAAUAUAUUCUAUAUUAGAAAAUCAAAAUGGAAAUCAUGAAAACAAUCGUUUUUGUAUAUCACAAUUAGAUCUGAAAAAUUUCAAAAUUUUUCAUAUGAAUAAUGUACAUAUAUUGCUUA